AUGUCACGAUUCAGCUAUCCCAUUCCCAGCGUCGCAUCCACACCUUACCAUUCCCAAUGUCGCGAUUCAGCUAUCCCAUUCCCAGCGUCGCAUCCACACCUUACCAUUCCCAAUUUCCCAAUACAGCUAUCCCAUUCCCAGCGUCGCAUCCACACCUUACCAUUCCCAAUGUCCCGAUUCAGCUAUCCCAUUCCCAGCGUCGCAUCCACAUCUUACCAUUCCCAAUGUCCCAAUACAGCUAUCCCAUUCCCAGUGUCGCAUCCACACCUUACCAUUCCCAAUGUCCCAAUAAAGCUAUCCCAUUCCCAGCGUCGCAUCCACACCUUAUCAUUCCCAGUGUCCCGACUCAGCUAUCCCAUUCCCAGCGUCGCAUCCACAUCUUACCAUUCCCAAUGUCCCAAUUCAGCUAUCCCAUUCCCAGCGUCGCAUCCACACCUUACCAUUCCCAAUGUCCCGAGUCCACGGGCUGCGGGUUGACAUGCUUGGCCUAGAUGAAGAAGGAUCGUUACAAUACCCAAGCGUCCAAUCUUUAGGUGCAGAAAAGGGCCCUAGUAUUUCUCAAACUCAAAAAUGGUUUGACAAAAAAACUAUGGAAAAGCAAACACUUAUAGCACUGUAACCACAACAAGGAGCUAUAGUAGUUAUGGUGUUUAGAGUGCCCCUUUAGCAUCGCAAGUAAUUCAGGUGAGACGAGGAGUUUUUAAAAAAAAAUUAUAUUCAUCAUUUGAUUGGUUGAUUCAUUUGCAUAUGGUGACAGUUGGCAAACUUUGUUUUUAUAUUUAAAUGAUAAAAUAAUAUACCAAAAUCUUGCUCUGUGUCCACCUCUGUUCCCUAUUUUCCUAAAUUGUAAACUCACAUAAGCAGGGUCCAAUUCACCAAUGUUUAUCUUCAAAAUCAAACUGAUUGCCACUUUAUUUGUAGAUUAGUUUUCCCCACCACACAGCACGGUAGAAUAUGAAUAUUAAUUGUAGGGUAGGAUUUAUUGGCCUUUAAUAUAUAAUAGGGUCAGUGGGCCGUGGGGGGUUGCAGUCCUCUGCAUUAUACAUUACUCGCAACAAUGCUGCACACAAUGUGAAAAAGCCAGACACAUUCCCCAGCAUAGCAGGAAUUCUGUGAUACUGCUAGAAGGCACACUGUGUAAUGUUUUUCUAUAUUGUGUAUUUGUACAGGACAUGUAGUCUCUGGCUUGAUCAUUCAUCCGGAUAGAGAACAUCUCAUUUACCCUUUGGGGAGCACAGUGAUCAUUGAGAGCCUCCAAAAACGCAAGCAACAGUUUCUCCAGGGCCACACCAACAAUGUGUGCUGUUUGGCUGUCUCCAAAAGUGGAAAAUAUAUAGCAUCUGGACAGGUGACCUACAUGGGAUUCAAGGUAGGUCACACAAUCACACAGGCACUAUACUGUGGCUUUCUUUGGCGUCGCUUUCAAUGAUCAACUCCUCCUAGGUGUCCACAUGCUUCCCACCAUGUGAAAAGGACAAAAUGAGCAUUUAUUUUAGGGGUGUGAGUAGGGUUUGGCCAGGGACGGGCUAUUUUUUUUAGAAAUUUUAGGUGACAUACUAAUAACAAUUUAUGCAACUAAAAUGUAUUUUAGGACUAGAACAAUGUAUCUUAUUUACCCAGACUAAAUUCUAACCACAAUUCUUGCAGUAUAAAGACACAUUCCUGGCAGUAUUAUUGCUGUGGAACUCUGUCAUACACUCAGGCACAUUACUGGGAGUAUUAUUGCUGUGGAGCUCUGUCAUACACUCAGGCACAUUACUGGGAGUAUUAUCGCUGUGGAACUCUGUCAUACACUCAGGCACAUUACUGGGAGUAUUAUUGCUGUGGAGCUCUGUUAUACACUCAGGCACAUUAAUGGGAGUAUUAUUGCUGUGGAGCUCCGUUAUACACUCAGACACAUUACUGGGAGUAUUAUUGUUGUGGAACUCUGUCAUACACUCAGGCACACCAACAACACGGAGCUCCUAGAAAAGAGGGACAUUAGGAUAGAAAAGAGGGACAGAGGGAUUUUAACCCAGAAUAGAGACUGUCUCUCUGUAUAGCGACAAUUGUGAUGUAUGCGUCCACACUGCAUCUCUUUAAAUAGACAACAUAAAACAAAGCACAUUUGCUCUCUGUGUGUCCAUGUUAACACUUAAACCAGGGUCCACAGAAACAAAGGAAAGUGUUAGUGAAGCAAACGCUACUGUUUUUGGGACUGGGUGUGUUACUUCUAUACAUCCCCAUUGUAAAGACUAAGCUACAGUAAUAUAAAGGGAUACAAAUACAUUCAUGUAAAUUGAUUAUAUAUUAAUUAAAUGAUCAAUUCCAAUUUCAGGGGUAUUCACUAAUUUGAGAAUUGAAAGUGAAUUUCAAACCAAGGUAACUGAACUGAAAACAUAGCUCAUUUAGAGAAUUUCUCCAGUUCGUCCGUUUUGACCUUAAUUUUGAAAUUCACUAUGAAAUCACAUUCAAUCCUCCCGUUAGUAAAUAACCCUAAAUGUGUUUGAAACGUUAGAGAUAGUAAAAAAUAUAGGAUUUUGCCGGCUAUGUCUGUCAUUGCUGAAAAAAACAUCUUUGUAUUUUAGAGAAAGUGUAAGAAAGUGCAAAGCUGUAUUCUAGAUCUAGAUUUAAAGCAUGGUGAAUGACCAGGAAAAAUAGGUAAUAAAUUAAUAUUAAUAUUACUAAGACCAAAGACAAAUAUUUGACCAUGUUACUCUGCAGGCUGACGUCUUCAUAUGGGAUUACGCUAAGAGAGAAGUCUAUGCCAAGCUAACACUUCACAAGGUCAAAGUCGAAGCUUUGGCCUUUUCUCCAAAUGACCGAUACUUGGUGUCUCUAGGAGGACAGGACGAUGGCAGGUACAUCAAUAUAUUCUCUUACACAAUGUAUAGACAGCAACUGUUCUUCUUCAGAGUGCCCUUAGGGUGAAAAUGAAAUACCAUGAUAUUUAUAGAACGUCCUCUCUCUCACAUGAAAGGCUGCCAUUUCUAUGCACUGUCAUAUUGCCACUUUAUCAUCCAAAUUAUAGGAGGGUACGUGUUGCCCCCACAUACUUAAUUGGUAUGAUUUAAAAAUUUAUGUAAAAAUCUUGUAAAAUAUUUUAACUAACUUUAAUUUCAUGUGGGCACAUUGGGCAUGCUGCAUCAUCACAUGAAUUAGAGCGGGGGAGCCCAAAAAUAGAUUCCCAGGUGUUUUAAAACUACAGCUUCUAUGAUCCUGUGUCAUUCUAAAGACAUUCUAAUGGCAUGCAAAGCUUCAUGGAAGUUGUAGUUCUACAUCAUCUGGGGAGCUGCCUUCUGGGUACCCCUGUUUUGGGCACUAGAUUAUCUCUUCUAUGUACAGCGGAAUGCUGUGUACUAAUAAGGCAAUCCCAAGCUAUAAUUGGCUCCUGGCAGAUCAUGCCCUUAGUUCACUGUAUGCCUGUAUCAAUAAUAGUCUCAGAAGGUUUAAAACAUGGGUCGUCAACCUGGUCACUAGUGGGCGUUUCAGGAUUCCAGGUGGGCGGUAGGGAUUUCAGAGAUUGGGUGGGUGGGCAGGAGGGCGGGUGCGAGCCGGCGGUACCCCUGUGACCGGGUACCGCCGUCCAAGGGGUCCAUCGGGUGGCCCACGCUGUCAGGGCCACCCGAUGGAUGUGGAUUGAGAGGGGGCCCGGUCAACGCUGGGCGCUUUAACAGCGCGACCGGGCCCCCUGUGAUUACAUCACAUGCUGGGAGCAAGUGACUGCAUGUCACUCCUCCUAGCUAACACUGAGAGCCGCGCGGGAGGAAGACCAGGGAGUCAGAGUAGGAACUCUGACACCCAUGCACCUGAGCCACCACUGGACCCCAGGGAAAGUCACCCUCCUGCACCUAAAAGGUAGGAAACAGGAGGGUGACAAAAAUAUUUUGUCUGUGUUUGUUUGUGUGUAUGUGUCUUUGUAUGUAUGUCUUGUGUGUGUGUCUGUCUGUAUGUCUUGUGUGUGUCUAUGUAUGUAUGUCUUGUGUGUGUGUGUGUCUAUCUGUAUAUAUGUGUAUGUAUGUGUGUCUUUGUCUUUGUAUGUGUGCCUUGUGUCUGUAUGUGUGUAUGUGUCUAUGUAUGUCUUAUGUGUGUGUGUCUUUGUAUGUGUACCUGUCUGUUUGUAUGUAUGUAUGUGUGUCUGUAUGUAUGUGUCCCUGUCUGUUUGUAUGUAUGUGUACCUGUAUGUAUGUGUGCCUGUCUGUAUGUAUGUGUCGUGUGUGUGUGUGUGUGUCUGUAUGUGUGCCUGUCUGUUAUAGUGGGCUAUAGGAAGUGGGCUACCUAGCCAAGCCUUCCUACUGGGCAUUGCUAUAAGGAAGGUUAAAAAAUAGAAAAAAGGGGUAAAAAAGGUGGGGAGGGGAAUUGAGGAGGGAGAUGAGUUGAGCUGACGCACAGAUGAGAAAUCAUAUUAUGCGCAAACAGAGAAGUUGUCUGAAUAUCACCGAAAGAGGAGACCUUUGUUUGUUCCUUACGAAAAUCGAACCAGAUAUCAAAUAUUAAGUCUUGCAGCAUCAGCCUCAAGGAUCUCAUUAAUCACUAGUAAUGGUAAUUUCAAUUUACUUUAUUGUUUUCCAAUUAAACUUUAUAAAGUUAAAAACAUUAUAAGCAUGCAUAAAGUAGAAAUAAAAAGAUAAAUGUACGUACAUUUAUUUUUUUUUAAAACACCCUCCUUUCUAAAAAAUAUUCUGCACUUGCGCGAAAACUGGUGGGCGGCAAGGAAAUUUUUCCAUCAAGAAAGAUGCAUUAGUGGGCGGUAGGUAGAAAAAGGUUGACUACCACUGGUUUAAAAAGAUGUAUAGGUUUCCAAAAUGGCCACCUCCACAGAGAGAAAUGAUCUUCUCUUCAAGUGGUAAUUGCAGCUUAACUUUCUGUAUCUAGCUAGAUGUAAAUAAUAUGAAUAGUUUAAGAAUGUUGCUUUGAACAGAUUCAAGUAAAUAAGAUAUCAGCGGGCAGCUCCACUUUAAUGACCUUAUUGUAAAUUUGAGCUCCUCUCUCAGCAUAUAAUUGGAAGGAUUGAUUGUGUCUGUUAUUUAAUUGUUUUUUCCUCAUAGUGUUGUCUUAUGGGAUGUGAUGAAGAAAGAAGCUAUUUGUGGAAGUCCAGCCUCCGCCAUAAGUGCCGGAGCUGCCUUAACUGUAGCCUUCAGCAACAGCAAUGAUGGGGUAUUUGUGACUGGCGGGAAGUAAGUCUCAAUAUUAGAAUCAGAAAACAUCUUUGUUUAAAAUGAUUUAAUACUGGGAGCAGAAUUAACAAUGCAACCACCUCCCCUAAAUUGAUGACAUCAGUGAGCAACAUCAAGCAUUUACUAAUCAAAGCAAAUUAAUUAAUGAAUUAAAGCAAAUAAAGUACACAAACACUAUACCAACAAAUAUCAUUGCAACACAUUGAUAACAAAGCAAAUUCACAGAAUGCCUAAUUUGCACAGGUUUAAAGAAAUAUGUACACAUAUCAAAGUCGAUUUGGAACACAACAGAUUAAUGUCACCCACUGUCCUCAUCACUAUAAGUGAGUCACACAGGCAGGUCAGAUCGUUCCCAAAUAGAACGUUAUUAAUAUGGGCAAUCUCAGGCUAUUUGGUUUAAGCUCAUGUGAUUAACAAGGAUGACUGAAAUUAAGCUUGGUUUUAAGAUAAUAACAUUUUAUAACUUUAGUGGUGUUCCUGGCAGAAAAUUGUUGUUGGAAGCACUCACGCCUUACCAGGCAAAAGUCAGAAAACUUUAUUGAUUGUAUACUGAUGCUAGAUUGUAAUUUUCCCCUGUACUACCAGAAUUUGCAUUUAACUUUUAGAUUUACCAGAGUGCUAAUAUGCUAAUGUAGAGUGCAUAGGUUACAGAUCUUGCUGACCUGCUCCUUGAGAUUUUGAGCAUGCAUGAGGUUGAUAUCCGAGAUAAAUGGUAACAGCGUUUGACGUGUCUUUAUUUCACCACAGUGGGACACUGCGUGUUUGGGAACUAGACCUUCCCAACAGGAAAAUGCGCCAUACGGAUUGUCAAACGGGGCAUCUGAAGAGAUCUGUGACUUCCUUGGCAGUGAGUAAAAACCCAGGAAAUCUUGCCGCCAUCGCCAAUUGGCCUAUACACUUUAUUUGCUAAACUCUGGCACUGAUAAUAUAUUGGUAAACCACCGACUAGCCUUCAGUUUCUAUCUCAGGUUUAAAAAAAUUGAUGCAUUUCCAAAAUGGCCACCAUCACACAGAUAAAUUAUCUUAUCUUCAAGUUGUAAUUGCAGCUUCCCUUACUAUAACUUAACCUACUAUAACUGUAAUUUAACGUAUUAUAUAUAGCUAGAUAUGAAUAAUAUCAACAUUAUUUUUUAAUUUAUAAUUACACGGGGUUAAUGUGGGCCCGUAUGCAUUUGUGUACUCACACAAUGCUAAGCAUGUAAGACUGCAUGUGUGCAACUCAUAGCACAGACCCAUAUUCAAACACAACAUUAAAUAGUGGUUAACAUUUUCAUCUUAAUGGUGCAGGGUUAUUCACUAACUUGUGAACAGCAUUAAUUCCAAAGGGGUUUAUUCACUAACCCCUGGACUGUAACAAACUGAAAUUCUAAAAGCACAAAUUACAGGGUUAUCCACUAAACUCUGAAUUUUAGUGAAUUAAAUCCAUAAGGGAAAAUUGAGGCAACAAUUUCAAAGUUCGAUUAUAACUGAGUUGUAAAAUUUUUGCAAAUUAGCCAUUUUAGCCUCAAUUUUGCUAUUAGGAUUUAAUUUACUAAAGUUGGAUAAAAUAUGUUUUUGAAUAGUAUGUAAAUACACGUUACAUACAUAUUUUAAUGUUUUAAUAACAGCCAGAUCACUAGCUACAAUUACAGAGGCUUCACACAAUAUAUCAGAGCUGCAGUAAUUACAGUCUAAAUGUAAAUCUGGCUCAAAAUACACAGACAAGAAUUCAGCUAAUUUAAAAUAUUUCAAUGCUACUUAAAACACCUAUCGCAAAUAAACAGUAUGGUCACCUAAAUGGGCACAUUGUGUCAUCAGUUUAUCAACCUAUCUGAUAUUGGUGAAUACUGGCCUAAUUUUAAAGGACCACUAUAGUGCCAGGAAAACAUACUCGUUUUCCUUGCACUAUAGUGCCCUGAGGGUGCCCCCACCCUCAGGGACCCCCUCCCGCCUGGCUCUGGAAGGGGGAAAGGGGUAAAAACUUACCUUUUUCCAGCGCUGGGCGGAGAGCUCUCCUCCUCCUCUCCGCCUCCGUUACGCCCCGCCGGCUGAAUGCGCACGCGCGGCAAGAGCUGCGCGCGCAUUCAGCCGGUCUCAUAGGAAAGCAUUUACAAUGUUUUCCUAUGGACGCUGGCGUGCUCUCACUGUGAUUUUCACAGUGAGAAGCACGCAAGCGCCUCUAGUGGCUGUCAAUGAGACAGCCACUAGAGGAUUAGGGGGAAGGCUUAACCCAUUGAUAAACAUAGCAGUUUCUCUGAAACUGCUAUGUUUAUGAAAAAAUGGGUUAACCCUCGCUGGACCUGGCACCCAGACCACUUCAUUAAGCUGAAGUGGUCUGGGUGCCUAGAGUGGUCCUUUAACAGAGGAGAUAAUGUGCUAACCUCAUUAUUUAUGAUACCGCUUAAACCCUGCAGGGGGGUCUCUGUGAAUAUAUAGACUUUAUGGGACACUUACUAUGGGGUUCCUGCAUUUGUAGGGGUCAGUGUGUCAUAGUGUAUUGGAGUGUCUGUGUUACAUAUUCCCUAAUUCACACACUUCUUCCAGGUGGCUGAAGAUGACAGCUGUUUCUACUGUGGGACGACCACUGGAGACAUCCUCAAAGUUAACAUGAAAACCAAACUGCUGAACAGCUGUGGACCUGAGAAAAAAAGGUUUAGUCUGGUGAGUCAGUUCUUGUGUUUAUCACUAAGCUCUUUCAGAACUCAGUGCAUCUAACUCAAUUGUUUGUUUCUGAUCCGAAAACACAAUGUCAUACCUCCCAGCAUUUCAAAAUUUGGCAGUAUACUCUUGAUUAUGGACUCCUGUCCCGACAUCUUGUGUCUGCUUACAGGUGCCCCACUUCUAGGAACAUCUCAGCUGUAAGUUGUAAAAUAGGCAGUGUUUUUGGCUGCAGUUUUGCAACUUUGUUUCUUAACACAUCAAAAUUCCCUGUUUAGUCAAUACACCAUGUGGUGUUGGGUUCUAUGGUGAAGCCUCAUUAUUUUCUAUAAUAUCAUAUUCUUGGGUUUAAGUAGUGAGGUUUAUACUCUUGCUUUCUUCUUGCCAGGGAGUGACUGCUUUGAUCAUCCUGAAGUCAGAAGAAUUCCUAAUCGGAUCCGGGGAUGGAAAGGUAGCACUGUGCAAAGGACCAAACUACAAGGCUACAAAGUGAGUGAUCAGAACUGAAUAAUAAGGCUUAGGUUAGCAGUGCUCUACAGGGAGUGCAGAAUUAUUAGGCAAGUUGUAUUUUUGAGGAUUAAUUUUAUUAUUGAACAACAACCAUGUUCUCAAUGAACCCAAAAAACUCAUUAAUAUCAAAGCUGAAUAUUUUUGGAAGUAGUUUUUAGUUUGUUUUAGUUAUAGCUAUGUUAGGGGGAUAUCUGUGUGUGCAGGUGACUAUUACUGUGCAUAAUUAUUAGGCAACUUAACAAAAAACAAAUAUAUACCCAUUUCAAUUAUUUAUUAUUACCAGUGAAACCAAUAUAACAUCUCAACAUUCACAAAUAUACAUUUCUGACAUUCAAAAACAAAACAAAAACAAAUCAGUGACCAAUAUAGCCACCUUUCUUUGCAAGGACACUCAAAAGCCUGCCAUCCAUGGAUUCUGUCAGUGUUUUGAUCUGUUCACCAUCAACAUUGCGUGCAGCAGCAACCACAGCCUCCCAGACACUGUUCAGAGAGGUGUACUGUUUUCCCUCCUUGUAAAUCUCACAUUUGAUGAUGGACCACAGGUUCUCAAUGGGGUUCAGAUCAGGUGAACAAGGAGGCCAUGUCAUUAGAUUUUCUUCUUUUAUACCCUUUCUUGCCAGCCACGCUGUGGAGUACUUGGACGCGUGUGAUGGAGCAUUGUCCUGCAUGAAAAUCAUGUUUUUCUUGAAGGAUGCAGACUUCUUCCUGUACCACUGCUUGAAGAAGGUGUCUUCCAGGAACUGGCAGUAGGACUGGGAGUUGAGCUUGACUCCAUCCUCAACCCGAAAAGGCCCCACAAGCUCAUCUUUGAUGAUACCAGCCCAAACCAGUACUCCACCUCAACCUUGCUGGCGUCUGAGUCGGACUGGAGCUCUCUGCCCUUUACCAAUCCAGCCACGGGCCCAUCCAUCUGGCCCAUCAAGACUCACUCUCAUUUCAUCAGUCCAUAAAACCUUAGAAAAAUCAGUCUUGAGAUAUUUCUUGGCCCAGUCUUGACGUUUCAGCUUGUGUGUCUUGUUCAGUGGUGGUCGUCUUUCAGCCUUUCUUACCUUGGCCAUGUCUCUGAGUAUUGCACACCUUGUGCUUUUGGGCACUCCAGUGAUGUUGCAGCUCUGAAAUAUGGCCAAACUGGUGGCAAGUGGCAUCGUGGCAGCUGCACGCUUGACUUUUCUCAGUUCAUGGGCAGUUAUUUUGCGCCUUGGUUUUUCCACACGCUUCUUGUGACCCUGUUGACUAUUUUGAAUGAAACGCUUGAUUGUUCGAUGAUCACGCUUCAGAAGCUUUGCAAUUUUAAGAGUGCUGCAUCCCUCUGCAAGAUAUCUCACUAUUUUUGACUUUUCUGAGCCUGUCAAGUCCUUCUUUUGACCCAUUUUGCCAAAGGAAAGGAAGUUGCCUAAUAAUUAUGCACACCUGAUAUAGGGUGUUGAUGUCAUUAGACCACACCCCUUCUCAUUACAGAGAUGCACAUCACCUAAUAUGCUUUAUUGGUAGUAGGCUUUCGAGCCUAUACAGCUUGGAGUAAGACAACAUGCAUAAAGAGGAUGAUGUGGUCAAAAUACUCAUUUGCCUAAUAAUUCUGCACUCCCUGUAGAUUAUUAUAAUAAUCACAGCAGAGUUUGUCUGCAUCUCUGACUUAGCAGUGUUCAGUUUUAAGUCAUUAGGGGGAUGCUGAGUUGAGUUAAUGGGUUACUCCAAGCAGCAUGACCAUAAGUGGUUUAAAGUGAUCAUGGUGCCUGCAGUACAUAUGAAACUGUAUAAAUUCAAUUAGUGAUACAGAAUUGUGAAGAUUAAUGACAUUUCAUCCAACAUGGUACCAUGGCAACGUAUACAAUAUGUACUUAAAAAGCAGGGCAGGGAUCCCAUUACUCAUUUAAUACCCAGAGGAAGCAGGGCCAGUUGUCAAGAGUUAAGAUAUAUAAGCAAGGAUCCAGCUUCAGGAGAUGGCAAUGUGAUUAGCUGUGCAGGUACAACCAAUUACAUUGGAUUUUAGCCCUGUUACAUCUAGUGCAUUAAAACAAAACAUUUAUGGAUAUUUGUAAAAAAAAAAAGAACAUAUAAUGUUACACAAUGUUGUGAGUGAACGACAUAACAAGAAAUCUUGUUUAACUUUAUAGGACAGUCCAGCUACAAGGGUCGGUGACCUCAAUCUCUCUGCGGGGCCAAGGUCAUCAGUUUUUUGUUGGCACUGAUCAGGCGCAGAUAUACCGGUUUAAUUACCCAGAAUUCAACGAGGAACUCUUUGCUUCUUGCCACAACGAGCCCAUCAACGAUAUUGUUUUUCCCUUGUACGUAAACGUUGUGCAGCGUGACAGCAUUUAGCUACUUUGCCAUUCGUUCUGUCCUUUCCUUUCGGAGACUCCAUAUCUUUUGCAUCUCAGUGUUUCUUACAGUAACCUUUGCAAAACCAUUCAUUCUGUAUUUUUUUAAUGAUUCAGUCUUCCCUAUUACUACUGGGCAUCAGUUCCACAAAUCUACCAAUUGUGGAGAAAUUCCCCAAAUUCUCCUCUUUAUAUUAAUAUUCCUCUUUCAAAAUAUCCUUCCCCUCUGUGUUUUUCAGUUUCCUAGGGUAAGUGAACAUUUAUUUUCUCCUCUGUUGUUCCUGCAUUUGUCUGUCACUAAAAGUUAGCAUCUUCUAAAAUUAGCUAAAACAGUACUGUCAUCUGCUUAAUUUCCUCAGUGGUACCUCCGAUCUGUUUGCCACGUGCUCAAAAAACGAUAUUCGUGUUUGGCUCAACUCAAGCCACAAGGAACUGCUACGGAUUACCAUUCCCAAUAUGACAUGUUUUGCCAUUGAUAUUACAAGGGAUGGGAAGUGCAUACUAUCAGGUGGGAUGAGGAACAUGAACAUAUGUCAUCAAUUAAUGCUACAUCUCUGUCCUGAGGGCAUAUCUCAUCAAGAUUACAGUUAAAUUUCUGUCCUUUACCUUUAAACAAAUUGGCAACCCUAUUUUAUGUCAUAAGAAAAAGUGUAGUUUGAUUCAUAUCGAAUAUUUUUAGUUUACUAUAAUAUACACUGAACAUGAUUAUUAAUUACGUUCGAAAUAGAAAUAUUUUUGGGUAAAAUAGCUAAGGUUGUGACUAUAGCUAAAUUCGAAAUUUUUUCCAAACCUGAUAACCUGAUAAUCAAACUGUCUACAAUUCAGACCCAGCAGUCGUCGUUCAUUGGGAAAGAAUCCUACUCUAAGUGUUUAUAGUCAGUGAUCAGUUGUGAAGAUCUGACAACCUGCUUCCAAAUUUUAAGCCAAGAUAGACUAUUUGGGGGAAAAAAAUAGUAAAUGUAAAAAAAAUGCAAGUUCUAAAAAAAAAUAAAAGCUUUUUAAAUUUAAGAUGAUAGAAAUUGAUUCCAUUUGGAGUUUGGAAAUCAUGGUGUAAUUUGUGUUCUUACAGCUUGGGACGACGGUAAGAUCAGGGCGUUCACACCAGAAAGUGGUCGUCUAAUGUACAUUAUUGAAAAUGCUCACAGCAUGGGUGUCACAGCCAUCGCACUAACCAAUGACUGUAAGAGGAUUAUCAGUGGAGGAGGCGAGGGACAGGUUUGUAGCCAAACUCAGUAUCCAUUGCCUCUUGCUUGCUAGUAUCCCAUUGUGUUAUUUUAUUAACAUCAAACAAUAAAAUAAAGACACAUUUUGUUGUCGUAGGUGAGAGUGUGGGAGAUCGGAAAAGAAAGCCGCUGGCUGGUACAAUCCAUGAAAGAGCACAAGUCAUCAGUGUCUUGUAUCAACGUCAAAAGCAACAACCGCGAGUGUCUCACGGCAAGCUCCGAUGGGACUUGUAUCAUCUGGGACAUUGUGUGAGAACCUGGCUUACAGAUUUAUUUAUUUGCUAGAGCAGAGGUUCCCAACCCAGUCCUCAAGUACCUCCUACCUGUGCAGGAUUUUACCCUGUUGUGUCUAAAAAAUUUGUUUUUUUUCUCUAAAACACCUUAGACACAACUGGGUAAUUCCUAGAUCCUGGACUGUUAGGGUUUACUUGAGAACUGGGUUGGGAAUCACUGUGCUAGAGGAUCAAGCAGUAGGAAUGUCAGAGCCACCAAAUUUUACUGGACACACUAUCAGCGUUAUUCACCAAUUAUCUAGUAUGCUUCCAAUUUGGCUUCUUAAAUUUGACAUUGGUGUUUAAUUUACUUAAAAUUCCUGAUAAUUCGUACUUUAAUAAAUAGCCCUGAUAGAGUAUUACUAUUCCAUAGUUUAGUUAUGUUGUAGCAUAACUGGACUUACAGUAGCCAAUAGCUAAGGCCUCAGCUAUGCCUAGGUAAACGUUGAAAAUAACCCAAUGGAAUUUAUAAAGGAGAAGGGGUUACAUUGUUUGGGAUAUAUAAGGUUUUCCACAGUCUCAACACUAUUCCAUGGUCUCCAGGGACAAAGUACCAUUCGUUGGUACGUGACAUGAAUUAGAUCAUUGGGUUGUUUUAGGUAGCUGUAUAUUUAAUAGUUGUUAUAUUUUAAUACUUUAUUUGAAUGUGCUGUUGCCCUUUUUCCAGUCGUUUUGUGCGACUCCAGAUGAUCUUAUCAAACACUUUGUUCCGCUGCGUGUGCUAUCACCCUGAGGAGUUCCAGUUUCUUACCAGCGGCACCAACAGAAAGGUCAGACAUCCUAUUAAUAAAGGGGCAGACAAAGGUAGAGCCCUAGAUAUUGUAGAACUACACCUCCCAUGAUAUUUUGCACUCUUUAUUUCUGGCAGAGCAUCAUGGACAUUGUAGUUCAUAGCUGGGGAUCUACUAUUGUCAUCACUAUCUCAAUGCAUUUCCUAGACACAAGCUCUUCUCAAUUCAUCUACUCUGAGAUGUCCACUUUCUUCACUGCGCCACAUCACAAAAUAUAUGUCUGCAUCACUUCAUUUUGGAGCCUAAAAUUAACUUUGAUAAAAAUGUGAACAUUAUUAGAUCAGAUCAGAGGGGAAUCUGAGAAAAGGGUCAUUUCUAGGUAAUCACUUAGUCAUUCAUUGCUAUCUACGUUAUUAGGGAAAACGGUCAGAAAAAUUAACGUUUUGGUACUUUGCUACCUUGCAAAGUUUAAUAGCCAUAGACCUUUAGUUUUUGUUUUCAAUAUAACUUGUAGUAUACCAUUAUACAUUUAUCGGCCAGUUGACUAUAACUCUGGUGAAAUAAGGAGUGCAACAAAGCUGAAUUCUUCCAUAUAAAUUGUGACAGUCCCUUUAACCCCUUAAGAACACAUGACGGAAAUAUUCCGUCAUGAUUCCCUUUUAUUCCAGAAGUUGUGUCCUUAAGGGGUUAAAGCAGGAAGCAUUGUCUUUCCACUACGUAAUCCCUCCUUGGUUUUCUCCUCCAUAGAUUGGAUACUGGGAGGUGUAUGACGGUUCAGUAAUCAGAGAGCUUGAUGGAUCCCUAUCUGGAACCAUCAAUGGAAUGGAUAUCAGCAGUGAUGGGCUUCACUUUGUUACAGGUAAUGUUACAGCAAUUGCUGGUUCAUAGUGUGACACAAUGCUAUCAACACAGCAGUGUCUGAAAUGUCCACGUAACUAAAUUUUCUUUAAAAAAACCUGCUGUCUUUUCUCUAACCCUAUUUUAUUUAUUAUCUUGCUCACUGUUAAAAUAAAAACAGAUAUUUUUUUUUUUAAAUCAGAUGUAUAUUUAACCCUUUAAGGCACAGAACAUAUUAAUACUUUAUAUUUAUAGAUAGACACAAAUAACACAGUAUAAGCUGUUUCAUUACAAAUAUAGUAUAUUUUUCAAAAUAUGAGAUGCACAGGAAUAUAAGGCACAUUUAUAUAUUUUAGCUAGAAAUUUAGAAGAAGAGUGCAGACUAAGUAUACUCUUCUUGCGAUCUCUAGCACUAGGUGGUAUCGGAGCAUUGCUCUGGUAACCUGCAGCAGUCCUCUGAAUCGUCAGGGUUCAGAGGAGGAAUAUAUUCUUAAUCUGCUCCCAAUAAAGGUUCAGGCAGCAGUCUCCAAGGCUCACCACAAACCAGAAAAUACAGCACUCGGAAUAUAGAAUGCAGUCAUUUUUUUUACCCAAAAUUUGGAGGAAAAAGCUGCAUCUUAUAUUACAAAAAAUAUAGUAAUUUGUCUUUUAAUCUUCAAUAGUAAGGUUAUUGCACUAGUUGUCUCAGUUGUAAAUUUACAGAAAUCAGUAUUUCAAAUUUUAGUUCAAAAUAUCUGAACUGAAACAUUGCUCAGCGAUUAGAUAUUCUUUCCUGUUUGGUUAUUUUGCAGAUUUUUGUAAAAAAUAUUAAAAAGCCAAUCAGCAUGGAUUUAAUCACUAAACAGCAAAUCGUAGUACAUAAAACUAUUUAACUACAUUUAGCUCCUGGCAUUUAACACUUCAAUGAUUAAUCCUGUUAGUCUGAGUCAAAGUGAAAGCAAAACUUCAGGCUCAUUUUACCAACUUGUAUUUCAGGAUAGACAUAUUCCUAAGCAUUUUUCAUUUCCAUUAUAAACGAUUUACUUCUGUUCUUCCACCAGGUGGCGAUGACAAGCUUGUAAAACUCUGGGAUUACAAUGAAGGAGAAGUUAGCCACAUGGGAAUUGGGCACAGUGGCAGCAUCAGCCGGCUAAAAAUCUGUCCCCUCUCUAGGUGCAUCAUCAGCGUCAGCACCGAUGGGGCAAUUCUGCGUUGGAAUUACCCUUUCCCAGUCUAGGAUUAUUUUACCAUAAACCCUGUGUAUGUUAGCAGACCGCAUUUUCUGUCAUGUUUAACCUCAUUGUUUUAUUUAUAUGUUUAACAAUUGCAGACUUGUUAUAAAAUAAAGACAAAUUCCAAACAGAAAAUCUAAAUUCUGUUUAUCCUUUGUGGAAUAUUUUACUAACACACCUGUAAUAGUUUGGAUAGGAAUUUUUGUACAGCGCUAUGAAAUUU